GCUCUGCGUGUGCAGUGUGAAGGCAUAAAGAUAAUCUCAUUCUCAAAACCCAGAAACACACUGAAUGGCACGAUCGGCCACUCUGGAAACAGCUGGCCUGGGGAAACAGACGCUGGUCAUAAAUUAACGGGAUGGAGCUUUGAGAUUGCAAAGGCAGCAAACAUUUCUGUACAUCGGAGUGCACGAAUGCAGUUGAUUGUGGCUACACGGACGUAUAUGGGGAGGCAGUUUGGUUCAGUAGCUUUCAGCACCCCUGCUACGGGGGCCUCUGCUGAGUCUGGUAUGCAGCUCAUUGUGAAAACAGCAAGUCUGUGGCUCAGUUGUUGGCCUCCCAGGCCGGAGUUUUCAGAAAUACUCAUUGCUUGCAGGGGAACUGUGCUGCAGCCCUGCUCACGCCCGGCAUGUGCAAGCGCAGUUAGUGUGACAACAGUAUGGACAAACUGUGCCAGAAGUCCCCCUUAUGCAACACUCUGAACAGUACCGUAUUCAACAUCGGGGGCCAGGAUGGGCAUUUGAACACAUAUUCCCAAGACCGAAUAACGUAGCAGUUCCAUUUUCCGCUGUUGCAUGAUGGGAGGUGGGAUUUCAGACUUAGUGCAGUUGAUUCUUUUUAGCACAAAAUAAUUCACUGGGGGUGUUGGGCUCUCCAAUAAAUGUCAGAUUUACUUGACUUUAAUUGCUAUGCCGUAAAACGUUACUGUGUAUUGACAAUUCUUUGUGUUUUGUUUAAAAAAUUGUGUUCCUCAGGCAACUUGUUGCAGCGAUGGAAUAUUCCCUUAAAACUACAGAUGAGCAGACAAAUGGCUAGCUCUGGUGUACCUGGGGGCAAAGGCGAUAGUUCUGUUUUUGUCCUUAUUGUGGGCUUGUCAACCUUAGGAGCAGGUGCAUAUGUGUACAAGACGCUGAAAGAAGACACAAAGAGAUUCAAUGACCACAUUGAAGCAUUAGCCACGAGAUCCCAAAAAGUGAAGUCCACCUCAGAAGACCAUGCUGCUUCCCCGGCCACAGCAGGUGAGAAGGAAUCCAGGAGUCACCCUGCAGAGCAGGUGGCAGCAGUUGAGCACGGAGCUCCGGAGACAGAUCCAAGCGCUCGCUCUGAGUGUCCGUCCCAUGCUCCGUUCCUGCUCAUUGGUGGGGGCACUGCCGCCUUCGCUGCUGCCCGCUCUAUUCGGGCUCGUGAUCCUGGGGCAAGGGUGCUGAUUGUGUCUGAAGACCCUGCCCUGCCGUACAUGCGCCCUCCUCUUUCCAAGGAGCUGUGGUUCUCGGAAGAUCCCAACGUCACGGAGACGCUGCGGUUCAAACAGUGGAAUGGCAAAGAGAGAAGUAUCUAUUUCCAGCCGCCGUCUUUCUACGUGCCUGCUCGUGAUCUGCCUUAUAUAGACAACGGUGGAGUGGCCGUCCUCAGCGGCAAGAAGGUGGUGCACAUGGACGUUCGCGGCAACGUGGUGAAACUCGAUGAUGGAACCCAGAUCACCUACGAUAAAUGUUUAAUUGCCACGGGUGGCUCCCCGAGGAACCUUCCUGCCAUCGAGAGAGCAGGGGAAGAGGUGCUACAGAAGCUGACGCUGUUCCGCAAGAUCGAGGACUUCCGAGCCCUAGAAAGGAUUUCUAGAGAAGUCAAAUCCAUCACCAUUAUUGGCGGCGGGUUCUUGGGCAGUGAGCUGGCCUGUGCUCUGGGAAGAAGGGCGCACGCCAAGGGCCUGGAGGUGAUCCAGAUGUUCCCAGAGAACGGAAACAUGGGCAAGGUGCUGCCUGAGUAUCUGAGCAACUGGACCACAGACAAAGUCAAAAGAGAGGGUGUUAACGUCAUGCCCAACGCUGUGGUGAAGUCCGUCUGUGUCUGCGGAAACCGACUGAACAUCAAACUGAAGGAUGGAAGGAAGGUGGUGACCGAUCACAUAGUGGCAGCCGUGGGCUUGGAGCCCAACGUGGAGUUGGCCAAGUCCUCUGGCCUGGAGGUAGACUCUGAUUUUGGAGGCUUCCGGGUGAACGCGGAGCUGCAAGCACGCUCCAACAUCUGGGUGGCCGGAGAUGCCGCCUGCUUCUACGAUAUCAAGCUGGGCCGAAGACGCGUAGAGCAUCACGAUCACGCUGUUGUGAGUGGAAGAUUAGCUGGAGAAAACAUGACAGGAGCUGCUAAGCCAUAUUGGCAUCAGUCAAUGUUCUGGAGCGACCUGGGGCCUGACGUCGGCUACGAAGCCAUUGGCCUGGUAGACAGCAGUUUGCCCACGGUAGGGGUUUUUGCUAAAGCAACGGCAAGAGACACGCCCAGGUCUGCCACCGAGCAGUCAGGGACUGGCAUCCGCUCAGAAAGCGAAACAGAAGCCGAAGCCUCUGAGGUCACCAUCUCGGCCAGCUCUGCCUCAACACCUCAAGUUCCAAAGCAAGGAGAAGACUAUGGCAAAGGGGUCAUCUUCUACAUACGGGAUAAAGUGGUGGUGGGAAUCGUCCUAUGGAACAUCUUCAACAGGAUGCCAAUUGCGCGAAAGAUCAUUAAGGAUGGAGAGGAGCACACUGACCUCAACGAAGUAGCGAAGCUCUUCAACAUCCAUGAAGAUUGAGCCCCUCCUCCAAGACCUGCCGGGCUGGGGGGCAUUGUCAUGCGUGGGAGGCCCACGCUGCAGGCUGACAGCUCGCCCUGCCUCGGAGCGCCAACUCGAUGUUUUCUGAGUACUUUGUGAAUAUUUCCAAUGAUCUAGAACUCUAAGAUUUGCACCAGUCAAUAAAGCCAGAAUCUUCUACG